AAUGAAAUUAAAAAAGGUGAAUUGCAGACAAGCGAAUCUAUUACUUUGGACCUCCUUACCUUCGAAGAUUUAGAAUUACUGCGCGCACAUAGAUUCGAGCGUAAUUCAUGCACAAGUUUGGGAAAUGCAUUGAAUAAUCGUCGAUAUCUUAUAUUAACGUACACUGUUGAAUUUGAUCGAAUCCAUUAUCCAUUACCUUUGGAAUACUGUGGUUUACCUGAUCCAAUAAUAUUACAAACUACCAUUAGAAGAUUACAAGCAGAAAUUGAGAGAUUACAAUCUGUGGGGAGUAACAGAAGUCUACAAAAACGUAUCGAAGAACUUACCGUCACAAAUCAGAAACUUAUUCAAGAGAAUCAAAAACUCACGAACGGAGGAAAAGGUUUAAAGCAUUUAAUGGGAUCGAUAAAAUCAUUAGAGAAUAGUAUCGCCAAGGAACGUGCAUCGUUUAGGACACAAAUUCAAAAACUUAAAGCUGAAAAUAGAGCUUUAUUAUCGAAAGUACAACAACUUACUGUAUCUAGUAGAAAACCUGGAGAUGGUAGCUCCGCGUUAAAACAUUCUGCUUAUUCGCCUUCUAUACGUAGGCGAAGUAGAAGUCGAUCAUCUUCAAUUUCUAGUCGUGUUAAAGCAUCUAGUUUGUCAUCAGGCAGUUCAGCGGAGUCAAUUAGAACAUGCAAAUCCCCUUAUCGAAAUACAAAAGCAUCAUAUACCAAUAGGAAAAAAAAUUCUAAACAUGAUUUUGAAAACUUGGAAGCAAGAAUUCGCACGUUACAGAAAAUGUUAAAAGAAGGAAUAAAUUUGAAUUAA